UGAACGUGUCUACGAAAUUAAUAAAUCAUUAAGUUAAUACUGUGCUGUCAGUUUCUUACUUUUAAAUUUUAACAAGGACGUAAACUCCCGUAAAAUGUCCAAUUUUUAAUCUGGUCGGUGAUCAAUUGCAAUUUGAUCCAAUGAGACGCUUAGUAAUAAAGAUUUGUUUCUGAGAUCACCUGCGAAGGUUAAGUUUAAUAAAAAUAUAACCUAUACACACGAUCACAUCUAUAUACACGAUUGUUAUUUUAAAUAUUAUUGAAUUGUUCAUGUAAAUUUGAUGGCUUUUUCACAACCGAACGCAAGAGAAUUGCAGAAUAGAAAGAUCUUAGAGGAGCUGCAGUUGAAGAAGCAGAUGCUUCUGAAACAAGGAGUCGCACCAACCUUAAACACAUUGGGAGUCUCGUCAACUGGCUCUGUAUCAAAUAUAGCUGCAACACAAUCCAAUGAUGGAGUAGCAAUGACUGCAUCAGCAAGAGCAGCAUUGCAUAAUGCACACGCAGCUUCAUUUGGUUAUUUCGUUACGCAGGACUCUUCCUUUGGGAAUCUGAUAUUACCGGUUCUCCCUAGAAAUUAGAUUGCCUUUUUAUAUAAAUACUUGUUGUAACAAGAAUCUGUGAGAAAUCACAAUCUUCAAGUAAAUAAUGAC